AGAGAAGGGAGGGUUGGGGGAAGCGUGGACAACCUGAACCUGAGCCAUUGCCGCCCGGGGAAGGUUUGGUGGGAGGAGAAGUAGAGGAGAAGACACGGGUGGAGGGUGAGGUGAGGAAGACAUCUAGGUCGUUGCUCCUGAGCGGCACAAACUUCUUGACGAUGUGGCUGAAGCCUGAGGAAGUGCUCCUGAAAAAUGCGCUGAAGCUGUGGCUGAUGGAAAGGUCCAACGACUACUUCGUGCUGCAGCGGCGUCGGGGCUACGGGGAGGACGGCGGAGGGGGGCUCACAGGGCUUCUGGUUGGAACUCUUGAUUCAGUCUUAGAUUCUACUGCUAAAGUAGCUCCAUUUCGCAUUCUACACCAAACACCAGAUUCUCAAAUUUACUGGUCAAUUGCAUGUGGAGCCAACAGAGAAGAAAUAACCAAGCAUUGGGAUUGGUUGGAACAAAAUAUCAUGAAGACCUUAUCUGUGUUCGAUUCAAAUGAAGAUAUUACUAAUUUUGUACAAGGAAAGAUCAGAGGAUUAAUUGCUGAAGAGGGAAAGCAAUCUUUUGCAAAAGAAGAUGAUCCUGAGAAAUUUCGAGAAGCUCUUCUGAAAUUUGAAAAAUGUUUUGGUUUACCAGAGCAGGAGAAGUUAGUGACGUACUACUCAUGCAGUUAUUGGAAAGGACGAGUUCCUUGUCAGGGCUGGCUCUAUCUUAGCACCAACUUUCUGAGCUUCUAUUCUUUUUUGUUGGGAUCAGAAAUAAAACUUGUUAUAUCCUGGGAUGCAGUUUCAAAACUUGAAAAGACUUCCAAUGUCAUACUGACAGAGAGUAUUCAUGUGUGUUCCCAUGGGGAGGAUCACUACUUUUCAAUGUUUUUGCACAUUAACCAAACAUACCUUCUUAUGGAACAGCUGGCUAACUAUGCUAUAAAGAGAAUUUUUGACAAGGAAACAUUUGAUAAUGACCCAAUCCUUGAUGAUCCUCUACAAAUCACCAAAAGAGGUCUGGAAAAUCGGGCACACAGUGAGCAAUUUAAUGCUUUUUUUAGGCUGCCCAAAGAAGAGACUUUGAAAGAAGUACAUGAAUGUUUCUUAUGGGUGCCAUUUAGCCACUUCAAUACUCAUGGGAAAAUGUGCAUUUCAGAAAACUUUAUCUGCUUUGCUAGCCAGGAUGGCAAUCUAUGUAGUGUAAUCAUCCCAUUACGAGAGGUCUUAGCUAUAGAUAAGACAAAUGAUUCCAGCAAAUCUGUCAUCAUUAGCAUCAAAGGUAAAACAGCUUUUCGCUUCACUGAAGUUAACGACUUUGAACAACUGAUAGCAAAACUCAGACUCAAGUGUGGGGCAACUUCAACUCAGUAUCAUGAUAUUAACACAGAGGUUACUAUUAGUUCUGACUCUACAGAACCAUCAGAUAAUCUUGAGGAGCAAUCUGUGACAUGUCAGAAAGAAUGCAGUAAAACUGUGAACACUGAAGCCUUAAUGACGGUGUUUCACCCACAGAAUUUGGAGACUCUUAAUUCUAAAAUGUUGAAAGAAAAGAUGAAGGAACAGUCAUGGAACAUCCUAUUUGCAGAAUGUGGGCGUGGUGUUAGCAUGUUCCGGACCAAAAAGACUCGCGAUCUGGUUGUUAGAGGGAUUCCAGAGACCUUAAGAGGAGAGCUCUGGAUGCUUUUCUCAGGUGCUGUUAAUGAUAUGGCUGCUAAUCCUGGUUAUUAUGCUGAAGUGGUUGAGCAAUCCUUAGGGACCUGCAACUUGGCUACCGAAGAAAUUGAACGUGAUUUGCGACGCUCCCUGCCUGAACACCCAGCCUUUCAGAGUGAUACUGGCAUAUCUGCUCUGAGGCGGGUACUCACUGCCUAUGCAUAUAGGAAUCCCAAAAUUGGAUACUGCCAGGCAAUGAACAUUUUGACCUCAGUGUUGCUUCUGUAUGCCAAAGAGGAAGAAGCUUUUUGGCUUCUGGUUGCUGUAUGUGAACGAAUGUUACCUGAUUAUUUUAAUCGGCGAAUCAUUGGUGCCUUGGUGGAUCAGGCGGUCUUUGAAGAACUUAUCAGGGAUCACCUUCCUCAGCUGACAGAACACAUGACUGAUAUGACAUUCUUUUCCUCGGUUUCUCUCUCAUGGUUUCUCACACUUUUUAUUAGUGUGUUACCUAUAGAGAGUGCAGUGAAUGUGGUGGACUGCUUCUUCUAUGAUGGAAUAAAAGCCAUUUUACAAUUAGGAUUGGCAAUACUUGACUAUAAUUUAGACAGAUUGAUGGCCUGUAAAGAUGAUGCUGAAGCUGUGACAGCCUUAAACAGGUUCUUUGACAAUGUCACUAAUAAGGAUAGCCCACUGCCUUCAAGUGUUCAACAAGGUUCAAAUAUGAAUGAUGAAAAAAACAGUCAUAUUAGAGUGGAUAUUACAGAUUUGAUUAAAGAGUCAAAUGAGAAAUAUGGUAAUAUUCGCUCUGAAGAUAUAUACAGCUUGCGCUGUCGGAAUAGGUUGUAUGUGAUACAGACACUAGAGGAAACAACAAAGCAGAAUGUGUUGCGUGUCGUGUCACAGGAUGUGAAAUUGAGCCUUCAUGAAUUGGAUGAACUUUAUGUCAUCUUUAAGAAAGAACUGUUUCUUUCAUGCUAUUGGUGUUUGAAUUGUCCAGUAUUGAAGCACCAUGACCCCAGUCUACCAUAUUUGGAGCAGUAUCAGAUUGACUGCCAGCAGUUCAGAGUAUUGUAUCACUUCUUGAGUCCCUGGGCUCAUUCUGAAAACAGAGACUCACUAGCUUUGUGGACAUUCAGAUUGUUGGAUGAAAACUCUGACUGCCUUAUAAACUUCAAAGAAUUCUCCUCUGCAAUUGACAUAAUGUACAAUGGAAGUUUUACUGAGAAGCUUAAACUGCUUUUUAAACUGCAUAUUCCUCCAGCUUACACGGAUGUGAAGUCUCAGGACCUUUCAAAAGGAGAUGAACUUUCCAAAGAAGAAUUACUUUAUUUCAGUCAGCUGCAUGUUUCCAUGCCUGCAAAUAAGGAGGAGGCAGAAUCAGUAAAAAACAGCCCUGAAAAAGGCAAAGGCAAAGUUGAUAUUCAAGCAUAUCUGAGUCAGUGGCAAGAGGAACUUUUCAAAAAAGAGGAAAGCAUUAAGAAUUUACCAAGAAUGAAUCAGUCACAAUUUAUUCAGUUUUCAAAGACCCUGUAUAACUUAUUCCAUGGUGAUCCUGAAGAAGAGUCAUUAUAUCAAGCCAUUGCUGUUGUAACCAGACUUUUACUCAAGAUGGAAGAAGUUGGAAGGAAACUACAUAGUCCUACAUCAUCAGCCAAAGGACUUUCUGGGACUGUCAGUGCUUCUGAAGGAGCAAGUGAGGGGACAACAGAGAGCCACUGGCCUGAGAAAGAUCCUUCCUCUCUCAAGGAGGACCCUCAGUGGUCAUUCGCAUUUGAACAGAUUCUUGCCUCUUUGUUGAAUGAACCUGCAUUGGUGAGGUUUUUUGAGAAACCCAUAGACAUAAAAGCCAAGCUAGAAAAUGCAAAAACCUUUCAGUUAAGGUCUAGAACCAAGAAGUAA